UAUACACCCGUAGGUGUUCCCUGUGACAAGUCACAAUAGUUAAGUUAGGUACUUAAAUCAUUUCGUAACCAUGAUUUCGUACCUGACCAGUUGGCUGUUUGACUACAUCUUUCUGAGUUUGAUUAUUAUCUGUACGUUCCUUUACUAUUAUACGACGUCGACGUACGACACAUGGAGGAAAUUAAAUGUGCCGUUUGCAAAGCCGGUACCCUUUUUCGGGAAUAUAUUCAAAAUGUUUACCGGUUUAGAGCACCAAGUGGACGCGUUCGGACGGAUUUAUCAACAGUUUCCCGAUGAGAAAUUUUGCGGUUUCUAUCAAAUGAGCACGCCGUUUUUGAUGCUCCGCGAUCCGGAGCUGAUCAACACGGUGAUCAUCAAAGACUUUUCAUAUUUCACCGACCACGGUAUUGACAUGAACCCUUCGGUGAACGUAAUGGCGAGAAGCUUGUUUUUUGCGACCGGACAAAAAUGGAAAACGAUGAGACAAAAACUGAGUCCGGGAUUCACGUCCGGUAAGCUCAAAGGUACUCACGAACAGAUCCGGGAGUGCAGCGAUCAGCUGACAAACUGUAUAUACGAGAAAUCCCAGGAAACCGACGCCAUUGAAGUGUACGAACUCGUUGGCAAUACAGCCACCGACGUGAUUGGAACGUGCGCUUUCGGUAUGAAAUUGGACACAAUUAAUAACGAUAAUUCGAGCUUUAGACAAAACGUAAAGAAAGUGUUCAAACCCAGCGGUAAAGUAAUUUUCGCUCAAAUACUCGGAGUGCUAUUUCCGAAAAUCGUUAAGUUCUUAAAACUUCAAACUUCUCCGGUGGACGUAGAUGCCAUUAAUUUUUUUCAUUCAGUGUUCGGCGAAGUCAUCGAGUAUAGGACCAAAAAUGACGUGGUUAGAAACGAUCUAACACAGACUUUAAUGAAAGCGAGACAGGAUUUGGUAGUAAGCAGUGACUAUAAGGGAGAAGAAAAGUAUUGUGAAUUGGAUAUAAUCGCAAAUGCAAUGUUGUUGUUUACGGCCGGUUCCGAAACUGUAACUGCCACAGCAUCUUUCUGUUUUUACGAAUUGGCAUUGAACAAAGUUAUCCAAGACAGGUUACGUGCUGAGAUAAUCUCGUCGAAAAUAAAACACGGUGGACAGCUCAACAAUGAAUUUUUGGAAGAUCUUCAUUACGCCGAUAUGGUUUUAGACGAAACUCAUCGUAAGUACACCAUAAUUACCGCCCUGUUGAGAGGAGCUACACAAAAUUAUAACGUACCCGGGGAAUCAUUAUUGAUUGAAAAGGGACAAAAAAUUUUAAUACCAAUUUAUAGUAUACAUCACGAUCCAAAGUAUUAUCCAAAUCCCGAAAUUUUCGACCCAGAAAGAUUUACUGCGGAAGAAAAAUCCAAACGACCAAAUGGAACAUUUUUACCGUUUGGCGAUGGACCUCGCCAUUGCAUAGGAAAACGUUUUGCUGAAUUGGAAUUGAAAUUAAUACUAUCCAAAAUACUAUCUAAAUUUGAAAUUUCACCUUGUGAAAAAACAGAAAUACCGCUCCAGAUGAAUAAAGAACGUGGGAUAACGUCACCAAAAAAUGGAAUUUGGUUAAAUUUUAGGCCAAUUGUGGAUUAGUGUAUGAUAACUAAUAAUUCACCUAAACAUAAACUAAAUUGACUUAACAUUUUAAGAAGUAAUUCAAAUAUAGGUAGGUAUUUUAUUGUCGAUACAAUUAAUAGAUACCACCUACAUAAUACUUUACUGCUUUAACUUGGUAUAAAUUAACUAUUUGUGCCAAUAUUUAUAAAUUGCACAGUUUUCAGUAAUUACAAUAAUAUAGAUCGAAUAAAUAAGCCAUUUAUUGCGUAUUUGAUGUAACAUUAAUCUGGAAUAUAUGUUUGUUUAAAUAUAUUGAAAUACCAUGAUGAUACGCUACUAUUUCUACUAUAGCUACAUAUAAUAUUGAUAUUUUAUGUAAUAUUGUAAUCGCAUUUUAUGGCAAAGGGUUUUAUUUGACUAUCUAAUUUUUUUUUACUCACACGUAUUAAUUGCACAACAUAUAAUUGAAAAUAUAAAUUUUAUAUUGUUACUAGUAAUUUUUUUCUAUUAGAAAUAUUAGGCAGAAUAAAUCUCUUCCAGAAUUAAAACGCAUAUAAUAUAAUAUAAUUUAUAAUUAUUAUAUUAAAUAAUAUGAUAAUUAAUUAAUUUACUAGCUGUUAAUAACUUCAAACUUAUAACUUAUAAGUCAAUAUCAUCGUAAUGUCGUACCGCAGAUCAAUGUGGGUAAGUUUAAUUUGACAUAAUUAGCUUAAAUUUAAUGAAUAUAUAUUUUAAACGUCAUUGUGUAUCACAAAUAAUAAUAUAAAAAAUGGUAAAAAGUUUCAAUUUCUUACAAAUAAUUUUUUUUUGAAUUACGACAAAAUAACUUUGAUCGUUAUUUUUGUUAAAAUAUGCAGUUUUUUAAAAAUUUUAUUUUUACGUGUGUAACAAAAAAAUUGUGCAGCAUACAUAUUAUUGAUAUUUUUAGGUUGCUGUAAGAAUAACUUAUGAGAAACCUUGCAUCUAAAGUUUCUGUCAAGAAGUCAAGUUUUUUUUUAAGAAACAAAUGUUUUAUCAUACAUUUUUUGGAGAAAAACUAAUUGUUUAGAAAAUACUAGGUAAUAUAAAAUAUAUUUUAUGAAAAAUUCAAGUCUCUACAGAGCAACCACCUUCAAAGUUAAGGAUUGAAGCAUAUUUGCUUCUCCAGAAGGAGAAGGUAGACAAAUAAAAAAAAGAAACGCUCAUCAUUUUAUAAAUCCAUCGCUCUGCUAAAAAUCUAAAAGAGUGACAUAUUGUAAUAAACAUUUCAAAAUGACUAAUCAUUAAUUUAUCUUGAAACGACAAUAAACACAAAAAUAUGCUCUUGUUCUGGAAAUUAUCUAUUCAGAAUUACAGUUUAGGUUUCGUUGUAACACCGCACCUAUAGACUAUAGUUCGUUAUUCUUACCGAUCAUCGCUUACAAAAUGUGAAAAUUAUUAACUGUAGUGCUCGUCUUCGCAAUUUUGUAAAAGAAUUUGAUGAAGACAUUUUUUCUUGAGACAACGCUGUACUUUUUUGCAAAGUAUGUGGUGUUAAAGUUUCUGCUGAAAAAAAUAUUCAACAACAUAUCGCUAGAAGUAAACAUAUCCAGCAGCAUUUUCGUCACAUAUAUUAUAAUAAUGUAUAAUAUAUGUGACGAUAAAGGUUAGCAUAUAUUUAUUUAUUUAUACCGGCUAGGAGGGCAGGAUGAUUAACAAACAUAAAAUCUAGUGGAUG